AUGCUUCAUCCAAAUUGCUGUCGUCACUACUCUUCCUCAAGAGACAUACCUUCCUCUUCCUCCUCCUACCUCACAUCUCGUUCUAGGGUUUCUCCUCUUCCACUCUCACUUCCUUAUAACUUCUCCCCUAAGCUCUCUCCUCGCUUCCAACUCCACUGCUCCUCCUCUUCUUCUUCUCCAACAAGAUGCUCCAAACCUAACCCUAACUCCCGCCACCACCAACACCGCCGCUACGGCGGCGUAAUCCCAUCAAUCCUCCGCUCUCUCGACUCCUCCACCGACAUAGAAACAACUCUCUCCUCCCUCUCCCUAAACCUAACCCCUAAAGAACAAACCGUCCUCCUCAAGGAACAAACUCGCUGGGACAAAACCCUCCGCGUCUUUAAAUUCUUCCAAACUCACCACCAAGGCUACGUCCCCAACGUGAUUCAUUACAACAUCGUCUUGCGAGCUUUAGGGAGAGCUGGGAAGUGGGAUGAGCUGCGUCUCUGCUGGAUAGAGAUGGCUCACAACGGUGUCUUGCCGACUAAUAACACUUACGGUAUGCUCGUUGAUGUGUAUGGUAAAGCGGGUCUUGUGAAAGAAGCUCUUUUGUGGAUUAGACAUAUGGAACAGAGGAUGCAUUUCCCUGAUGAAGUCACUAUGGCUACUGUAGUUAGGGUUUUGAAAAACUCCGGGGAGUUUGAUCGUGCUGAUAGGUUCUUUAAAAGUUGGUGUGAGGGGAGAGUUGAUCUUGAUUUGGAUUCUUUUGAUGAUGAUGGUUGUAACAGAGGAUCAGCUGUGGACUUAAAGCAGUUUUUGUCUAUGGAGCUUUUUAAGGUGGGUGCAAGGGGGCCUGUUGAGAAGAGUUUGCGGUUUGGGUCGGAGAGGUCUUCUUCUUCGAGGAAGCCGAGGUUGACUUCUACUUUCAACGCUUUGAUUGAUUUGUAUGGGAAGGCAGGGAGGUUGGAGGAUGCAGCUAGUCUCUUCUCUGAGAUGUUGAAGUCUGGAGUUGCUGUAGAUACGGUGACGUUUAAUACUAUGAUUCAUAUUUGUGGGAGUCAUGGGCGUUUGUCUGAGGCUGAGUCUUUGUUGAAGAAGAUGGAGGAGAAAGGGGUAAACGCUGAUACCAAGACUUAUAAUAUUCUUUUGUCUCUUCAUGCUGAUGCUGGAGACAUUGAGGCAGCGAUUAGAUAUUAUAGGAAGAUUAGGAAAGUGGGUUUGUUUCCUGAUACUGUGACUCACAGAGCUGUAAUUCAUAUCUUGUGUCAACGGAAAAUGGUUGCGGAAGUUGAAGAUGUGUUGGCUGAGAUGGAUAGGAAUAGUAUUCGGAUUGAUGAGCAUUCUGUUCCUGUUAUUAUGCAAAUGUAUGUUUAUGAAGGUAUGAUAGGACAUGCUAAAGCUUUGUUUGAUAGGUUUCAGUUAGACUGUGUGCUUUCUUCAACGACGCUUGCAGCGGUUAUUGAUGUCUAUGCUGAGAAGGGGUUAUGGGUUGAAGCGGAGGGUGUGUUCUAUGGGAAGAGGAACAUGACAGGUCAGAGGAACGAUGUUUUGGAGUAUAAUGUGAUGAUUAAAGCUUAUGGUAUGGCUAAACUUCAUGAGAAAGCGCUUUCUUUAUUCAAAGGGAUGAAGAACCAAGGGACUUGGCCUGAUGAAUGCACUUAUAACUCCCUUGUUCAGAUGCUUGCUGGGGUUGAUUUAGUUGAUGAAGCUCAGAGGAUCUUGUCUGAGAUGAUGGAUUCUGACUGUAAACCGGGAUGUAAGACCUUUGCUGCUUUGAUUGCUAGCUAUGUGCGGCUUGGAUUGUUGUCUGAUGCGGUUGACCUCUACGAGGGGAUGAGAAAAGCAGGUGUGAAACCAAACGAGGUUGUUUAUGGCUCCUUGAUUAAUGGAUUUGCUGAGAGUGGCAUGGUGGAAGAAGCGAUUCAAUACUUUAGAAUGAUGGAUGAACAAGGUGUUCAGUCAAACCAUAUUGUUCUGACAUCACUUAUCAAAGCUUAUAGCAAAGUAGGGUGUCUUGAAGAAGCUAGGAGGGUUUAUGACAAGAUGAAGGAUUCAGAAGGUGGUCCAGAUGUUGCUGCAUCAAACAGCAUGCUAAGUCUUUGCGCAGAUCUCGGCAUGGUGUCCGAAGCAGAAACCAUUUUCAACGAUCUUAGAGAAAAAGGCACUUGUGAUGUUAUUACGUUCGCGACGAUGAUGUACUUGUACAAAGGGAUGGGAAUGCUUGAUGAAGCUAUUGAAGUGGCUGAGGAGAUGAGAGAGUCUGGUCUACUAAACGACUGCACUUCGUUUAACCAAGUAAUGGCUUGCUACGCUGCUGAUGGGCAGUUACGUGAGUGCUGUGAACUGUUUCAUGAGAUGUUAGUUGAAAGAAAGCUUUUGCUUGAUUGGGGAACGUUUAAGACGAUCUUUACACUUUUAAAGAAAGGCGGUGUGCCGAGGGAAGCGGUGGAGCAGCUACAAACCGCUUACAAUGAAGCUAAACCACUUGCCACAUCAGCAAUCACUGCAACACUGUUCUCAGCCAUGGGGUUGCAUACGUAUGCAUUAGAUUCGUGCCGAGAGCUGACAAAAGAUGAAACCCCUCUUGAGCAUUAUGCAUACAACGCGGUGAUAAAUGCUUAUGGUGCGUCAGGAGAUACUGACAUGGCCCUGAAGGCGUACAUGAGGAUGCAGGAGAAGGGGCUAAAACCAGAUAUUGUCACGCAGGCGUACCUUGUUGGGGUAUAUGGGAAAGCAGGAAUGGUGGAGGGUGUGAAGAGGGUACAUAGUUGGAUUACGUUUGGGGAGCUUGAACCGAAUCAGUCGUUGUUUAGAGCGGUGAGGGAUGCUUAUGUGAGUGCAAAUAGGCAGGAUUUGGCUAAUGUGGUAAAGAAAGAGAUGAGCAUUGCUUUUGAAGAAGGUGAAGAGGAGGAGGAUAGUUCGGUAUCUGGAGAAGACGAACAAGAAGAAGAAGAAGAUGAAUCGGAAGAAGACGAGGCAUUUUGAAGUGUAGCCACCACACGUUAUAUGUAGUAAAGAUUGUAGAAGUUAGGAUGUAUGUGUAUAGUUUUCUUAGAAGCCAAAAGGAAAUGUGCAUACUUUCAGUCUCGAACUGAUAGAAGUUGUGUGUGAAACUUAAACUGUUGUAGAAAGAAGAAAGUUUUCAAAAUGGCAAAUCUAUAGAAGCUAAGCAUUUUGUCAUCAUUGAAUGAAAAGAGGAGAAACCACUUUUGUGUCUUUUGUUGUAUUACAGUAACUUGAUUAAGAUCUGUCUUCAGACACAGAUUGAUUGCAUGAACUGGUUGGUCUUAUAUGGUUUUGCUCUCAGAGUUUGAA